UUUGGGCUCAUCUCCCAUCUAUAUUCUCCCACCUGCCAUGUUGGGCCUCAAUGGUACCUACUUCCAGCCAGACACACUCCAGCUAAAAAAUGCCUGGCUUGCCCUGAUUUUCUGCAUCCUCUACCUGAUCUCCAUCAUAGGAAAUCUCAGCAUCCUCACUCUGGUGGUUCUGGAGUCUGCUCUGCACCAGCCCAUGUACUACUUCCUCUCUAUGCUCUCUCUCAAUGAUCUGGGAGUGUCUUUCUCUACACUGCCCACUGUGCUUGCUACCUUCUGCUUCAGCUACCGCCAUAUUGACUUUAAUGUCUGUUUGGUUCAGAUGUUCUUCAUCCACACUUUCUCUUUCAUGGAAUCAGGCAUACUGCUGGCCAUGAGCUUUGAUCGUUUUGUGGCUAUUUGUGACCCACUACGCUAUGCCACUGUGCUCACCAACAGCCGCAUCUUGGCUAUGGGCCUGGGUAUCCUUGCUAAGAGUUUCGCUACUCUCUUCCCUUUUCCUUUUCUGGUGAAACGACUUCCCUUUUGUAAGGGCAAUGUUUUGCAUCACUCAUACUGUCUCCAUCCAGAUCUCAUGAAAGUGGCAUGUGGAGACAUCCACGUUAAUAACAUCUAUGGGCUCUUCGUGGUCAUUUUCACUUAUGGCAUAGACUCAACUUUCAUCCUGCUGUCUUAUGCAUUGAUCCUGAGAGCUGUGCUGGUCAUUGCAUCCCAGGAGCAGCGGCUCAAGGCACUCAACACCUGUAUGUCACACAUCUGUGCAGUGCUGGUCUUUUAUGUGCCCAUAAUUGCUGUCUCCAUGAUCCACCGCUUCUGGAAAAGUGCCCCACCUGUUGUUCAUGUCAUGAUGUCAAACGUCUAUCUGUUUGUGCCACCCAUGCUUAACCCCAUUAUCUACAGUGUGAAGACAAAGGAAAUACGCAGAGGAAUCUUCAAAGUCUUCUAUAAAUCCCAGAUCUGAGGAAGGCUGCAGACCCUGAGAAAA